GCGUCUUAGCAGCGGAACCCCCAUGCACGCACCGCAGACGAUCCGGUAAGUAAAACAAGGAAAAUGCGGAAAGAGAUCAGAAGAUAAGCCGGAAUAUACCGGAGCCAGUGGGAACACAUGUCGGGAGCUACAGACAGCGGACAGGGCUGAGGUCAGAGGGGGAGCCGGGGCUUCCUGCUGCCGCUGACUGACAUCCAGAGAGGCGGGACGUACACUUGGAGCUGUCCAGGAUUGUUCUGAGAGGAUAAAUAAGUCAACAUGCCUCCAAAACAACUCAGCAAAAAAGAGCGAAGGAAACUGUACACCUCUCUAGCAGGCGAGCUGGUGAUCAUGGCCGGGACCGUCAUGCUGGCCUACUACUUCGAGUACACCGACACCUUCACCGUGCACGUGCAGGGCUUCUUCUGCUACGACACCGCCUACACCAAACCGUACCUGGGACCGGAGGACCGCAGCGCCGUGCCGCCCGUGCUGCUCUACGCCGUGGUGGCGGGGCUGCCCACGCUGCUGAUCACAAUCACAGAGACUGUGCUGUUCCUGGUUCAGUACACAUCCAAAGAGUUCGACCGGUCAGAGAAGACGCUGGCCACUGGAGACUGCUGUUACCUCAACCCGCUGGUGCGCAGGACCUUCCGCUUCCUUGGAGUCUACACCUUUGGCCUCUUCACUGUUGACAUCUUCGUCAACGCAGGGCAGGUAGUGACAGGAAACCUGGCACCCUACUUCCUGACGGUCUGUAAGCCGAACUACACUGCACUAGGCUGCCAACAGGCCCUGCGCUACAUCAGCCAUCAGGAGGCCUGCACAGGAAACCAGGACGACAUUCUGCGGGCUCGGAAGACCUUUCCUUCCAAGGAAGCGGCACUCAGUGUCUAUGCAGCACUCUACCUGGCUAUGUAUGUGACGUGCACAGUGCAGGCAAAAGGCACUCGUCUGGCCAAGCCAGUACUGUCUCUCGGGCUCAUAUGUCUGGCCUUCCUCACUGGACUGAACCGUGUGGCUGAAUACCGGAACCACUGGUCAGAUGUCAUCGCCGGCUUUAUCAUCGGCACUGCCAUUGCUACUUUUCUGGUGGUGUGUGUGGUCCAUAAUUUCAAAGGGAAGUUGCUGCUGAAUGAGGAGUCAUUGGCAGAGCAGCAGACCAACACAGCCAUGCUCAACACCAGCCGGGUGGAGAGUCCUCUGGAGAAGUACAUUGCUUCGCAGAAUCACAUCGCCUUCGCUGAGGUCACAUGACGUGGAGUCGGCUGUGUGGCAGACCCACUGGACAUCCACGCUCUUCACUGUCCAAUCCUAUUAACUGGAGUGCAGCGCUAAACCAUUCUCUGUAUUUGUCUGGUCUGCGGUAUGUUGUUCAGUGUUGUCUUUAUCAGGCCCCUGUUGUCUUUUGCAGCUUCUUGUAGGAACAAAAAAUAAAGAAAGAGCAGUCAGUAACUCAGUGGGACAGAUUGCUUCUGCUUUUUCCAUCUAUGCACUUAUUCUGAAUCCUUGUCAAACUCUCGCCUUCCAAGUAAAGCUUUGUUUUGAGGCAGAUCCUGCAGUGGACUUGUGGGAGAUGAGAAGAAUUAGAAGAACAAGUGAAGAACUGGAUGUGCCAUCUUAACUCUGCCUCGGUCAAUUAUUCUGUCAUUUUAUCGAUGUAACAACAUUGUUCCAAAAAGGUGUCUAUUAGCAAAACUAUCUAGUCAGUUAAGUUUCCAAAGCCUUUUGUUUUUUUUUUCUUAUUUUCACCUUUAAGAUUUUGUUAUUGCUGUUAUCACAUCACCUUUAUACCUUUAUACAUUUGAAGCACUACUGUGAAUAUCAGGGUGUCACACUGACGUCUGACCUCAUAUUUAUCAACCUUGCCUAUGUGAAACUUUGGACUCUAAGUAAAAAGUACCAUUACACAUCCAUUUCUCACAAACUUAAGAAUGAAAGCCAUUCAAGCAUUUUUUUUCUUUUUUAUGUUCCUAAAUUUAAGACUGUCACAAGUCUCUCAAGACUACACAAUGUUUGUCUGCUAACACAAUCACUUUGUCAAAUGCAAUGACUGGAGUCAUAAAUUCUUGCUGUGACUUAGCUGAGAGACAUGACAGCUGUAGCUUGCUGUCUUUCACCAUCUGUGUGAUGUCACUGGGUAGGCAGUGCCAGGGACCAACUUCCACAAACAAGAACAAAGACAGCAGUUGAAAGCAGAGUGCAUGAUACUGGCUGUCUUGUGUUCAGAAAAGCCUUGAAAAUAUGAAGCAACUGUGUUUUGUUCCAAGAGGACAGUUAUGGGUUGUUGGCCCCAUAGCCUUUCACAUCUCUAUGUUUACUGUUGUCUGUGGAGAAAACACUGUGAUCCUAUUGGUCAACAUCACAGACACAUGGUUCUUUUGUAUGAGGUGAGAGGGGGUAUAAAAUUCUAAUACGCCUGUCCUUUUGUCUGGAUGACGCAAGGCAUUCGUGAUGCAGCAGCGGUUGUCUUGAUACACGACAUGGGAUAAAAGUCAAAACAUCAGUUGUCAUGCCCAACAUCUAUUCUAAAUCACACUCUACCUCUUUUUGGUCCCACAAAAGGGCACAGUCCAGCGAGCAUUUAUGACAAUGUUGUAGUGAUUCUUAGUGAUUUAGUUAAGGAUAAAAACCAAUCUGAGCUUGGCUUUCAAAACUCUGUUAAAGACAACCUCCUGUAAUUUCAUUGUUCAUUUUGUUGGAGGAGGCUUGUUGUUAAGGCUGUAUUGUGUUUUUCCAGCACGUGAGCGAGCAUGCCGUUGAUGUACUGGGAAUUGGGUAUACUCUGGGACAAAUCCUGGUGGGCUACUACAUUGGUAGGCUCUCAAAAAACUCGAUGUUUCUACAGGCCUUGAUUUUCUCUUUACUGUUCCUCUCCUGUGGGUCAUUUGAGGUGCACAGGAGAGUGUGCUACAUGAUUGAGUCAAACCACACCAACCCAACAGUGGAAAGAUGUGGGUGUUCACCAGGCAGGGCUUGUUGCAGUGUUUCUCUUGCAAAUCUUGGUGUGUAAAUGUGUUUUUUUAGCAGUCUAGUGCAGACACACACACACAUACACACAAGUAUUUAUAUAUAUAUAUAUAUAUAUAUAUAUAUAUAUAUGAUUAGGUCCUUGGUUUACGACAUCCUCAACCUACGGCGUUUUCGUUGUUACGUCAGAACUUAGCUUGGAAAAUCCAAACUGAAUCUCCAUGUAAUCUCCUAUCUCCAUGUUAGGAGAUACAGGAGAGUCAGUUUGGUAUUGGGCGAAUUGAAUCGCGUUUCCCUCCCGGGACAGUUUGGUACGACCAAUCAUAGCACGGGAGGCGGGAGUUAAUGCUGCGUCAUCUUCAGUGCCUGGAUUCAGUGCCGGAGGAGGAGGAGGGGGGCCAAAGCGAAUCUUUUUGUGGUCUCUUGGCGUUUUGGAUGGCGUUUCGUUGCCUCUUUUCACUUGACGUUUCCGACGAUGAGGAGGCAGUGGAUGGCUCGCUUCUUGCCAUUGUUCGUACAGAGGAAAAUCCCGUUCCAAACGUGUGAGUAAAUUUAAGCAACUUUUACACAUACGCACCAACCUGGUUUGGCUCCGAUUUAAAGUUAUUCCUAACACCGCUAAUCGUUCGGAAGGAGUCUUUUGUUGCGUAGCCUUUUCAACAAUAAGUGUUGUACUUGAGAGUACCCCAUGUAUUCACAGAUUUUUGUGACAAAAACAGCAGUAAUCAUUCACCGCGAUGCUUUCUUGGCUGCAUGCCAUUGUUGUUUGGACUACAUGGACUCCAAGGUCGAUUUGUUUGUGCGUCACAUCCGCGUUACGCUGAUUGGUUCUUUCUUGUUCAAGCUGCAUUCGUUAGCCCCUCCUUUUUGAAGUCGUUUCCUGUCAUCAAAUGUCAGACUGCCUUUAUUUGUAUUUAUAUCAAUACAUAAAUAAAGUCAGUCUGGAUUUUCCAGGCAAGUCAGAACUGGCUAUGUGGAACUAGUUAACAAGCGGAGUGGACGAAUACAUCGUCAUGAGGCGCUAUCAGACGGCUUUGUUUACAUUCUCUGGUUGUACUCCACCUUGGAUUGUGCUACAUUCACUAACUUUUCGUCCUUCAUUAUGGCUCCCAAACUCAAGUCAGACUCUUCUGACGGUAGUGCUUCUAAGAAAUGGAAAGCCGUCUCCAUGUAAGUGAGAUUAGAUAGAAUACAAUGCUGGGAACAGGCCAAACACUGAUGAACAUGGGUCAAGUUGUAAAAACAGGUCAAUAUAUAUUGUAGCAACCCUCUGUGAUGAAUGAGUGAGACUUUAUCUGGUUCUCUGGUCGUUUAUUGAACCUUCACACAGACUACUGUGGACCACAGCCAAUGCCAGAAUAACUAGAAAAACCCCAUAACUUAGCUCCAGAAUAAGUAGAAAAACCCCAUAACUUAGCUCCAGAAUAAGUAGAAAAACCCCAUAACUUAGCUCCAAAAUAAGUAGAAAAACCCCAUAACUUAGCUCCAGAAUAAGUAGAAAAACCCCAUAACUUAGCUCCAGAAUAACUAGAAAAACCCCAUAACUUAGCUCCAGAAUAAGUAGAAAAACCCCAUAACUUAGCUCCAGAAUAACUAGAAAAACCCCAUAACUUAGCUCCAGAAUAACUAGAAAAACCCCAUAACUUAGCUCCAAAAUAAGUAGAAAAACCCCAUAACUUAGCUCCAAAAUAAGUAGAAAAACCCCAUAACUUAGCUCCAAAAUAAGUAGAAAAACCCCAUAACUUAGCUCCAGAAUAAGUAGAAAAACCCCAUAACUUAGCUCCAGAAUAACUAGAAAAACCCCAUAACUUAGCUCCAAAAUAAGUAGAAAACCCCAUAACUUAGCUCCAGAAUAAGUAGAAAAACCCCAUAACUUAGCUCCAGAAUAAGUAGAAAAACCCCAUAACUUAGCUCCAGAAUAACUAGAAAAACCCCAUAACUUAGCUCCAGAAUAAGUAGAAAAACCCCAUAACUUAGCUCCAGAAUAACUAGAAAAACCCAUAACUUAGCUCCAGAAUAACUAGAAAAACCCCAUAACUUAGCUCCAGAAUAACUAGAAAAACCCCAUAACUUAGCUCCAGAAUAACUAGAAAAACCCAAUAACUUAGCUCCAGAAUAAGUAGAAAAACCCAUAACUUAGCUCCAGAAUAACUAGAAAAACCCCAUAACUUAGCUCCAGAAUAACUAGAAAAACCCAAUAACUUAGCUCCAGAAUAAGUAGAAAAACCCCAUAACUUAGCUCCAGAAUAAGUAGAAAAACCCCAUAACUUAGCACCAGAAUAACUAGAAAAACCCCAUAACUUGGCACCAGAAUAAGUAGAAAAACCCAUAACUUAGCUCCAGAAUAACUAGAAAAACCCCAUAACUUAGCUCCAGAAUAACUAGAAAAACCCAAUAACUUAGCUCCAGAAUAAGUAGAAAAACCCAAUAACUUAGCUCCAGAAUAAGUAGAAAAACCCCAUAACUUAGCUCCAGAAUAAGUAGAAAAACCCCAUAUCUUAGCUCCAGAAUACCUAGAAAAUCCCUAUAGCUUAGCUCCAGAAUUAACAGGCGUUCCCAAAUCUCUCUCACUCAACACACGGAGCAACGCACACACACGACUGCUGACUCUCUGCUAAUCACAGGUGAGCUGACUAAACAUGACACGUUCACUGAUAACUGAAUAAUAAAUAUUGAAAGAUCAACAACAACAUUCUGUUACAAUAGUCUGUUAACUUCUAGUAAAAUGAUUCAAACGCAUGAAAAUCAUUGAUAUUUAUGACUUUUCUGAAGAACUAAACAAUAUCGUGAUACAUGUAACGGCUUUGUUUACAUCUGAAGAGUUCCGACUUACGGCGAAAAUCAACUCCUGAGGAACGGAACUCCGACUUAAGUGGAGGACCCCCCCCCCCCCCCCCCCCCCCCACGCCUCCCAAACAUGCACACACACAGAGUAAACUCCAACCAAUGAAAACACUAUACACUGACUGCUGUACUUUCAGGAAACUGUUAUGGGUUUCUUAGCUGCACUGGAUAAUCACUAACAUUCCCCUUUCUUUUGAUCUCUUUUCUCUUUUUCUUGUGGGCUAGUUGAAAUUAGUUCUUAAGUGUGUGGUAGCAUGAACACUGUACAUGACAAAUGGACAUCAUUAAACGAGCACAAAUUCUCUCCAGCUAAAAAUAAUCCAAUUUGCUUUUUUUUUUUUUUUUUUUUUAUGAGGAAGCUAGUGAAAUACAGGGCUGCACAGUGAGGUAGUGGUUAGCACUUUCGCCUUGCAGCAAGAAUAUCCCCGGUUCAAAUCCAGGGGUGGGCCUGGGAUCUUUCUGCAUGGAGUUUGCAUGUUCUCCCUGUGCAUGCGUGGGUUUUCUCCGGGCACUCCGGCUUCCUCCCACAGUCCAAAAAUAUGCUGAGGUUAAUUGGUUAUUCUAAAUUGUCCGUAGGUGUGAAUGUGAGUGUGAUUGUGUGUCUGUAUAUGUAGCCCUGUGACAGACUGGUGACCUGUCCAGGGUGUCCCCUGCCUUCACCCGACUCAGCUGAGAUAGACUCCAGCACCCCCCAUGACCCUAGUGAGAAUAAAGCGGUGUAUAGAGAAUGGAUAGAUGGAUAGUGAAAUACAGUUAAGUCUGACACGAGAGUCAAAACUGAGAUUUCUUUUUAUGCAUUUAUUAGUCCAAAGUCAGUCUUUGUCUUCUCAUCUCACAUCUGAUGCUUUCUGCUAUGUCAAAUCAGGAUGAAAUGGUGAUAGAAAAUCUACAGAUCAGAUUUGCCAUCUCUUUUCUGAGAGAAAGUAUUUAUUUAUGGCCUGUGUCCUUGAUAUGAAAGAGACAUGGAGACAUGCUGGGCUACCCUCAGACUGGGGGAAGACAUAUCGGUCGUCCCAUCAGAACAUGAAUGCCUUUGAUCAUUGGCAAGGCUACAACUUUUUUGAUUGCAUUAUUUUUUCCUCUAAAAUCUCUCAUACUAUUCAACGUAACAUUAAAUGUAAAAAAAAAUGUCCUGUUACUGUGACCUGAUUGGAUUUUUAAUCCAGAUACUACAUUAAUUACUAUAGUUCAUAAUGGAUAUAAUGCAGUUAUGGCCUGUAUGAUUUAAAGUGUGAUGUUACUAUUUUACUAGUUGAGUGUUUGAAGAUCAGAACCUAUUGCAAUUUGGAGAGAUGUUUUCAGGUUCACACAAAACUGCUGUUUUUUUUUGUUUUUUGUUUUAUUUUUUGUCAAAUGUUAAGACAUAUCGGUUCUGUCUCUGUGUGUACAGACAAAAAUGAUGCAGGAUGUAUUUUGCCAAGUUUAGUACAAAGGCAGGAUUCAGAGGGUUUAUGUUUCCUUUUUAGAUUCUGUGUGUACUUAAAUAACACACUUUUAUUUUUGUAUGAAGAUACAUAUGAGUGCUUUGGAAAUGUUGUAUGAUCACAGAAAAGCAACAAAAGAUCAGAGUGGAGAUGGGGAAAUGAAAAAUGUUUGGAUUUUGAAUUUGAAGAAUUCCAUGACUGCAUUGUCAUCAAUAUUUUUGAUAUCACUCUUCUAACAAAACCACUCUGCGUGAAGUAAAAAGAUCACUUACAGUUCCAGAAGUCACUAAGAAUCAUCAUCCAGCUCUGCAGUGCUGCUUAGCGUGUUAGCCUCAUUUAGCUCAUUUGUUCAAUUUCUCUGCACAGUUUGAGAAUCUGAGUUAUUGCCAUCAGCCCCCAAGGAAGCUGUUCCCAAGUUGUAGAACAGUGUGGAGCUAAUUGCCCGAGUACCUGACUACUACCAUUAUAUUUUGGUCACACAGCUAACAAUCAUUUUUUUGUUUGUUUUUUUUAAAAAACCCAGCAAUUUGCUUAGUAUUUGCUGCUGCUCUGAGGUAUUUCCAGAAUUCUCAAGGAAUCAUCUGAUUUAAUAAAUUGUUUUCUUUCUAAACCAAUACGGUGACCCAGAAAUUACCUACAGCAUUACUGUAUAGCACAGCACAGAAUAUAUGCAUUUAAUGCGGUGUUGUACAAAUGUAAAGAAAUCUGUACAUCUGUCGCAGGAUUUCUUAUUAUUGUCGUGGCUGAGGAUCGUUUUUUUAUGGGUGGAUGUUUUUAUUCAUGCAGCAGAAGGAAUUUGGUAACCAACAGACACUCACACCUGAUGGGGAUGGUGCUGGUUAAUAAUCUAAACAGCUGAAGUGACUAAACACUUUGGCACAGUACUUCAUUUGUACAGUAUGUGUCUGAGAUUCUGAAAAUACAGUGGAUACAGAAAGUAGUCAGACUUUCUCAGAAAUGUUAAUUUUCGCAUCAGUCUGCGUUCAGUAACCUGUCAUGACAAAGUAAGAUUAUUUUAUGGACUUUUAAAAAAAAUUAAGUUAUUAAAUAGGACAAUGAAGAGAGAGAGACAGGAAAUGUGGGUAGGAGAGAAAGACAUACAGUCAUGGCUAGGGUUGCCAUCCGUUCCUUAAAAUAGGGAAUCGUCCUUUAUUUGACAAUUAAUUGUAGCGUCCCGUAUUGAUUCAAUACGGGACGCUAAUUGUUCCAUAUUUUCAUAAAUGUCCCAUACACAUCUGUAACACACGCAUCAAAACUGCAUAAUAAGCAAAAUAAAACACAGGAAAUAUUAAGGGCAGCCAGUUUCAUCUUCCUUAGACCUAUGUCGCGAGGACCCGUUGCGAGGUCCAGCAGGUCUGUUUGCCGGUCCUGUCACGGGUUUCCUGGUUACAGAUGCUGCUGCUCCCGCGUGUCUAAAAAUGUCUACAGCCGAAACUCCACCACGUCCAAAGAAGCAAAAACGUUUUCAAAAGCACAGACUGGAAGACUGGAACUCCUGGCAAUAGGUACAGGGCAAACUGUGUUUUCUGUUGCUCAUAGACUGAAGUAAGGCAGCAUCAGGAGACCAACAUGUAAGAAACAUGAGAACAGAGAGAACCCAACCAGCAGGUCACAGUUUAUCAUCAUCUAAUCAUCUCCUGAAGUCCCUUUGGUAAGAGACAUCAGUACACACGUGGACAAAAUUGUUGGUACCCCUCAGUUAAAGAAGGAAAAACCCACAAUUCUCACUGAAAUCACUUGAAACUCACAAAAGUAACAAUGAAUAAAAAUUUAUUGAAAAUUAAAUAAUCAAAAUCAGCCAUCACUUUUGAAUUGUUGAUUAACAUAAUUAUUUAAAAAAACAAACUAAUGAAAUAGGGCUGGACAAAAAUGAUGGUACCCAUAACUUAAUAUUUUGUUGCACAACCUUUUGAGGCAAUCACUGCAAUUAAACGAUUUCUGUAUUUGUCAAUGAGCGUUCUGCAGCUGUCAACAGGUAUUUUGGCCCACUCCUCAUGAGCAAACAGCUCCACUUGUCUCAGGUUUGAUGGGUGUCUUCUCCAAAUGGCAUGUUUCAGCUCCUUCCACAUAUGUUCAAUGGGAUUCAGAUCUGGGCUCAUAGAAGGCCACUUUAGAAUAGUCCAACGCUUUUCUCUCAGCCAUUCUUGGGUGUUUUUGGCUGUGUGUUUUGGAUCGUUGUCCUGUUGGAAGACCCAUGACCUGCGACUGAGACCAAGCUUUCUGACACUAGGCAGCACAUUUCUCUCCAGAAUGCCUUGAUAGUCUUCAGAUUUCAUCGUACCUUGCACACUUUCAAGACACCCUGUGCCAGAUGCAGCAAAGCAGCCCCAAAACAUUACUGAGCCUCCUCCAUGUUUCACCGUAGGGACAGUGUUCUUUUCUUCGUAUGCUUGGUUUUUGAGUCUAUGAACAGAGUUGAUGUGCCUUACCAAAAAGCUCCAGUUUGGUCUCAUCUGUCCAAAGGACAUUCUCCCAGAAGCUUUGUGGCUUGUCAACAUGCAUUUUUGCAAAUUCCAGUCUCGCUUUUUUAUGAGUUUUUUCAGCAGUGGUGUCCUCCUUGGUCGUCUCCCAUGAAGUCCACUUUGGCUCAAACAACGACGAAUGGUGCGAUCUGACACUGAUGUACCUUGGCCUUGGAGUUCACCUUUAAUUUCUUUGGAGGUUGCUCUGGGCUCUUUGGAUACAAUUCCAACGAUCCGUCUCUUCAAUUUGUCAUCAAUUUUCCUCUUGCGGCCACGUCCAGGGAGGUUGGCUACUGUCCCGUGGGUCUUGAACUUCUGAAUAAUAUGAGCCACUGUUGUCACAGGAACUUCAAGCUGUUUAGAGAUGGUCUUAUAGCCUUUACCUUUAAGAUGUUUGUCUAUCAUUUUUUUUCGGAUGUCCUGGGACAAUUCUCUCCUUCGCUUUCUGUUGUCCAUGUUCAGUGUGGUACACACCUUUUCACCAAACAGCAGGGUGACUACUUGUCUCCCUUUAAAUAGGCAGACUGACUGAUUAUGAGUUUGGAAACACCUGUGAUGUCAAUUAAAUGACACACCUGAGUUAAUCAUGUCACUCUGGUCAAAUAGUUUUCAAUCUUUUAUAGAGGUACCAUCAUUUUUGUCCAGGCCUGUUUCAUUAGUUUGUUUUUUUAAAUAAUUAUGUUAAUCAACAAUUGAAAAGUAAUGGCUGUUUUUGAUUAUUUAAUUUUCAAUAAAUUUUUAUUUAUUGUUACUUUUGUGAGUUUCAAGUGAUUUCAGUGAGAAUUGUGGGUUUUUCCUUCUUUAACUGAGGGGUACCAACAAUUUUGUCCACGUGUGUACAUGGUUGUGAAUUUACCAGAGGAGGAUUAUAGUCAGACUAAUGUGGCCGUAGACUCUACAGUAUUUUAGUGACAAUAAAUGCAUAAGUUGUUUAAUAGUAUUUUAAAUGAUUUUAUUUUUUUAAAUAUAAUUUAUUUAAUAGCCUAUAUGUGAUCAAUAAAUGGCCUUUGCCUACCUAAAGAAAAACUAACUCAGAACUCUGAUAUGUUAACGGUACUAAAUAAAUAAGUCAGUAAAUCCAUUCAUACACACAUAAACAAGUUAAUACAUUAACCGUGUAAAGAAAAGAUUUAGAUGGAAAAAUAUCUGUAGAGAAUUUCUUUGUCCAGUAUUCUGCAUUCAGUUGUUUAUGUUUUUGCAGAAUCCAGUAUUCCACACUGGUUGGCCAUUACAUUUUAUUAGUAUGGUUUCACUGUUUAAAAUGAUGCCACAUUUUUUUAGACAGAACCUGUGAUCAUAAAACAAUACAGAACUCUUAGUUUUGUGUUAAUAAAGCACUUAAAGCUUUAAGUAUGACUAAAUGCUUUUUCCAAAAUUAAAUAAACCACUCCUUGGGUGGUUGUGGCCCCGCGUUUGGGAAAGUUGGAAAGAUAUUCACAGAUUCAAACUUCCAGCAUCAAUAACUCAUUAGAUGUAGGUUGUCAAAACAUAAACGAUGCCUCUUUCCCAUCGUUGUAAGGCAGAUGUUGUGCUACACGCCCAGUUUUAUCAAAAGUAGCUGUCUUUCAAGUUGCAGAAACGUCUGUCUAAUGAGUUAUUGAUGCCGGAAGUCUGAAUCUGUGAAUGUCUUUUCAAUUUUACUGAACUGUGGCCCCGAGGAGUCAUGGUGGGCGUCCUUUAUUUUCUUUUCUGAAAGGUGGCAACCCUAGUCAUGGGUCAGACUCAAACCCAUAACCGCUGCAUCUGGAACGAUAGUACAUAUGUAUGGGUCGCCCGCUCAGCCAGCUGAGCUAUCUGGGAGCCCAUUUUGUGGAUUUUUUUUUUUUAUGGAUUAUGGGGGUCCUCGGUUUACGACGUCCUCGACCUAUGGCGUUUCGUCGUUAUGUCGGAACUAGUUACAUGGAACUAGUUGGCUAGCGGAGCUGACAAAUACAUCGUCACAUGACACUAUAUGACCCCCCAGUAUUUAUUUAAAAGGGGUAGUCUUUUGUUUAAAAGUAUGCAGACCUUAUAAUGAAGUACAUUGCCUGUUCAGCAUAUUUUAUUGUAGGUCUUCAGGGGUAGUCUUUACAAACUCUUCAUACCUGCAUUUGGACAGUUAGUCCCAUGCCUCUGAGGACCCAUCUAUACAAUGCCAUCGUAAUAUCUCUACACAGAUUGCCAAUGGGACUCUGAGCAUUGGCUGGGCCACUCGAAGACACUGUUUCAUUGAUAUACCUAACAAUUGUCAUUGUUCCAAAAACGCCUCACAUGCAUGCUGCAGUAAUGCUGGCUAGGCGGCUCUGUACAGAGAAGUCUGUAGUCUCCACUCAGGUACUGCAGCGCAGCAGCUCAGACAGGUGUUCAAAAAAUGACUGAGUGAAAUCUGUGCUCUAAUGUUGGAUUAACCAAAGUUGUAACCAAGAAGUUUGCUCUGCAUGGGCUGUGAGUACAGUUUUCUACAUAUGUAGUUUUCUGUGACAAAGCAUUUUAAAUAUUGAUAUUUUAGUUUAGAUCAUGUUCACGUAAUUGUAGAAAGUCAAAAUCAUAAAUGUAACUAUUAUUUGUUUAAUUGUGCAGGCCUACCUUCUCACUUUUCUGACCAAGGUCAUCUUUGGCUGUUUACUCUGUUAGAAUGCUCAAUACUAAGAGUCCUGGUAGUUCAAAAUUUCUUUCAGUUCCUUUCAGUUUGUGUAUUAGUUUUGUCAUCGUAGUCUACAGAUGUUCAAUCAAUUGAAGACGCCCAUGAGACCCAGUGAAAAGGAUAAUUAAAGCAAACAGGAUGAGUGAGUGAAGAUGGAUGUUUUCAGUUUUUCAUUUUUAGCACAUUUGACAGAAAGAGUCUCUUAAAGCAUGUUUUUGUUUUGUCUUUAUAGCGUAUCUAUGUUAAAAGACAGACAAAAAAUGGCAGUUUUGUCCAUUUAAAGGAACAACACAUGAAAAUGUACAGACAGUGCAAGAGUCUAAAUACUUUCUGAAUUCACCCUGAGUUCAGAAUCACAUUGGCAGUCUUUGGGUUAAGAUGCCAACAAUGAAAUGCCAGUGUCUCCAGCCAGUGUCCAUAUGGCUUUUUUGCAUGCUAUUCCUCAUCUUUCCUCAGUUCAUGUCAUCCCUUGUUAUUAUAAUUAUUAUGUCUUUGUAAUAAAUAAUACUAAAAAUGUAAACAUAAAAUGUUCAAAUAUGUUUGUGAUUACUGAAUUUAAUCCACUUUCUGUAUUUUUGAAAGAUUCUUUGGUGCUUAUUAUUGAGAAAAUUUAAGUAUUAACAUAGUGGCGGGUUUAGCAGUGAAGGAAACAUUUUUUUCUCAGGAGGUGGUGGAGGCUAAACCAGAGCUCAAAGCAGAAUACCUUUUCAGAAUAAUUAUUCAUCAUAUGAACACAAAUCAGAAAUCAGUUCUAAUGUUGCUUUGUGUCUGCAGUAUUGUAGAUUUGUUCUGAGUGAAAGUACAGUCCAUCUCUUGUUUGUAUUGUAGCAAUAACAUGUUGAGCUUUCUUUUACAUUAGGAGAGACAAUAAGAACACAUAGAAAGUUGAAUAUUUAUUUAUUUGUUUAUUUAUUUUUGCCCCUUCAAAUCUCUAUUUUUGUAAUAAUGACUGAAGCACUUCUGAAUAAAAACUCUGGACGGGAACAUGCAAAAAGCAGCACUUUAAAUCAAGCUGUCAUUCAUCAUUGCUCAUGAAGUUACCACCCAUGGCAUGGCUGCUUGAAAACAAAUAUCACACAGAAUAUUCAGGACUCAGAAGAAUACAGUCUGCUCAAAACGUGCAUCCUUACCUGAGAGCCACUACACUAUCCUAGUAUCCUAGAAGAGAAGAAUUGUACAAAUGUAUAUGUUAAAAUUACAUAUAUAUAUAUAUAUAUAUAUAUAUAUAUAUAUAUAUAUAUAUAUAUAUAUAUAUAUAUAUGAGUAAAAAGGAGUUCUGUUAGUGUUUUUAUGCUCAGUCUUGUGACUAGUGACAUUCAUGUUAUGUUCAUAUUUAAGUUCCUUACCUUGCUCUGUAUUCCCUGUCCUCCUCAAUUGUGCUUGUUCUGAGAUAUAGGUUACAAACUUUUCUAAAUUUGUGGUUUUAUAGCUUUUAAACCGCUCUGUCAUGAUUUUUUCUUGGUUCUGGUGGAAUAUUUUGUAUGGAUGUUGUUGCUCUUCUUCUAAGUCAUUUUUUAUUUACAUGAUUCAAUUUUCUUUAUGAAAUUUCCCUUGUUUACAUCUUAAGUUCAAACAGUGACCUUUUACACUGUAGGAAAAUAAAAAGAACUUUACAGCCUUUGAAUAAAAAAUAUUUUAAAAAUA